AUGAGCGAAAAGGAGGUAAGCACCCUGCCCGAUGAGGUGAAGGAUCUGCUACAGUGUCUAAAAGAAGGAUGCUCAAAAUUCCAGGAAUAUCUAUCAAAACUGAAGGAGUACCUAGAGAAAGAUCGAAUAAAAAACACGAACACCUUAGUGGAGUACAUUCUGAAGAACAUACAUGAACGUGAUUUUCAAAAAAACACAUGCUACUUUUUACCAGAUGUAAUAGUAUACAUUCAAGGCGUAAAUAAAAUUCCAAAAAAAGAUGAGCUGGAUUGUGUAGAUGUAGGACUAACCUUACAUAAGCAGGAUGUGAGAGAAAAAUGGGUUGACGAUAAUUAUGAUGAGGUAUAUGGUCAGUUUAGAAUAGAAAUUCAGGAUGAAAAGUUACGAAGAUUUAAGGGUAAGGAUUACAGAAUGGAUCUCAUAAUGACAUGCACGAAGAAUGUAAAUUAUAUGGAAAUAAUGUAUGUCCUUAGUAAAAACAUGUACCCACGAAAUGGUUACAUAUUAUUCAACAACAUUUUGCAUAACUCAGAAAUCAGCUAUCGUUAUAAAUUGCUAUCCUUGGAAUACUUUGCCCAUAUAGUUAACAAAAUAUCUCUGGAAAGAGCAAAAUAUAUUGCCCAAAUUCUUCCCUUAGUUCUGGGAAAAUUUUACAGCAUAGAAGGAAAACCAUACUACAACGACAAUAUUACCAGUAUAGAUGUUUUAAUUUCUAUGUGUAAAUUUUCCAAUGUCCUCUGUGAUGAAUCUAUUAAGACGCAAGAAGACGAUAAACAGGAUGUGGCUCUACACUCAAUCAUUGCUUUUAUUAUGAAAAUAAUAAGCUACCACAAUGCAGAAUUACCAAUAAAUAAAAACAUAGAGAAGAUGAUAAAAUAUAUUCAUUACGAUAACUUGGAGUAUGAAAAGUGUUUGGACAUUUACUCCAAGUUAUCUUCAAAUUUAUAUCAGGAUAGAAGAGAAAAGAUGGUGAAGGAUUGCUUAUCAGGUCUCGUAUGGAGAUUAAGCAUUAUUAAUUCUAACAUCCCACGUCUAUUAGAAAAUGUUAAUAUAUUAAUGCCCAAUGCAAAGGCCUGUGCUUUGGAAAAUUCUACCUUAGAAAUUUCCAUCCUCGCCUACCUCAUAUUUGUAGAAAAAAUAAAUGAAUCAUCCUUCCCCAAAAUAUAUUCAGAAUUAUAUCUUCUCAAUUUGAUCAUUCGAAAUAGUUACAAUUUACUUCUAUGUAUUCCUCAGGCAGAUGACGACGUCAAACAUAAUUUGCUAAUUAAGGCUUAUCACCUCAUCUGCCUCUCUGCUAUUCUAUCCAAUAUUAUUCAUAAGAGAGAUGAAACAGUUUUCUGUAAUAUUUAUAACUUCAGGUGGAGACCCAUGGAAUUUUUAAAAACUGUAUAUCGCACUAUUCAUGAUAAUAGAACAUUAAAAACGUAUUCCAAGGUUGUAUACAAUGCCUUGUGUAUCAUCAUGAGGAAUUUUAAAUGGGAUAUUUUGUAUUCACUAUAUUACAAACUGCUUAAUGAGUCGCUUCCAGAUAAUGCCCGGAGUUUAAUUGCUUCGUUCGUAAAGGAUGAAAUGCACAAACAAAUGGUGCGUGUCGUUAAGAAGGCAGAAAUGAUAAAACAGGAAUUUCACCAAAAUGAAGACUUUGAAAAAUUGCCAAACCAAGUUAUCCAAGUGGAGAAAAAUAAAUUGUCAUGUCCCAUUACCCCCCCUGAAGAUAAUACACAACUAGCCAAAAUGAAACAGAUGGCUGAAGAAAUAAAUAAAUUGGGGGCACAAGUAAAAAAUAUUAUCUACAUUCUCAUCAGUGAAGAAUCUGUACUUCUCAAUGUAGACGCCAUUACCGUCGUGCUAAACAUAAUCAAAAUGAUUCUGUUGAAUAAAACUUUAAAACCCUUUUACAAUUUUAUUGUAAAUAUUGAAGAACCUUCAUCUUGUUUUGUGCAAAGCAAAAUUAAACAUUUUUACACACAGAUUAAAUUGGAGAAGGCUAUACUGGAUAAAGAAAAGAAGGAGGAUGCCAAUUCUAUAUUUUACACCAACAUGAAUGGGUACUCACGUGGUCACGGGCCUCACCGGGAAGGCCUCACAUACCAGAACACUGAUGUUACCAUGAAUGAGCUUGACAUCGUCCUUAUGCUUUUGGGAGAUGUUGAGCAGUGCGUAGACGAUAUCAAGGCGUCGCAGAGAUGA